UAGCAAUAAAUAAAUUCAAUAGAAUCAAAUAAAUAAAAACAUUUAUCAAACAUUUCAAAAAGCUUUGAUGAAGAGAAACGUUGUUAGAAGUUAGUGAUUCAGUGACGAGGAGCUCUGAUCACUCAGUCACCAACCGACAGCUGAGAGUCACCAGCAGACGCUCAACCAGCGAUAACAUGUUAAAGUCAGAGAGCCAGUGGAACCAGUGGAACCAGUGGAGCCAGUGGAACCAGUGGAGACGUGUGAUGAAGGGCUACAGGUGACCAGCACACCUCCAACAGGACACUGUGGUGAAAACUGACGUCCCAAACUACAAGAUAGACAGGAGAUUCUGCUUGCUCUUGAUCCUGCUGCUCGCACCCAAACAAGACAUCCUGAAGACCACCCAGAAAUGUAAGAAGAUGUUAUAUGGCCCCAAGGUGACUGUGGAGAACCCCACGAUUACUUAUGGCUGCACAAGUGUCACAUUGCCACCACACUGCCCAGGGACUUUGUUCUGUUUGAAUACACACUUACUGUACUUGCACGUACUGAAAUCAUUGAUCUUUGACCCUUUCUGAGUUGUCCUUAAAGGAACUCUGUACACCUGCUUCAUGCGCACCCUGUUGCGUUGGAGGACACGAUCAAUGAUGGAAAGGCUGACAUUUCUGAUUCCUUCAAAGUUUUCGUUGUCUUCAACAACUUGGUGCUGUAUUUCACUCUAACGGCAUUAUUUUGAAGGACCAACAAUAAGAGCCUCCUGCUGUUGGGAGAACACAGGAGGGCUUCCACCCUCUCAUGGCAGCAAUUCUACAAAAAGGGAGCAUGCAGUCACAAAAAUAUACAUGCAGUAAAAACAGUACAGCACUCUCCCCCCGCACACCCCCAUCCCACAUACACACACAAGUGACAUACAUCCAUCGUUGGAUUUAACCUUCAACUCACCUGUGCACUCUUAACUGACUUAUAUUGGUUUCAUCACAUCAUUAGAGUCGUAGUGUGUAAACUGUGACAUCUGUGCUAUAAUUGUUGGUUACCAUCAUGCAUCAGAAGUGAAUCACAACACAAAAUGUGUUUUAGUGAGUGAGAAUGUGUUUGGAGUUAAUGAGAUCUGCACAUUGUGUCUUAUAGCUGAAAAUUGUUUAAGGUUUUGCCAAAACAGUGAUUGAAGUGAGUUCAGGCCACCGAGCGUUUGGUUGCAGUUUAUUGUUUUAGCAGUUCAGGAAAACUUUAUAUAUGAAUAUUUGGGUUUAAGUAUAUUACAGCUUACACACUAUAACUGGAAAUAUUAACUAAACAUCCCAAACCAUGAUGCCAUCUAUCAACACUAUUCCUGUUUUCACUCAUGUGCUCAUUUAGAAAGCAUUCAAUAACAUUAACUCAAGUCAUCACUGCUGGAACGUAAUUAACACACAAUUAACAUGCAAUUAACAUACAAUUCUCCAGGUGGAAACACAGAGAGUCAAACUGUUCACACACCAAUCAGAAGCUCAGGAUAUAGAGAUAACAGGGUCAAAGCAGUGAAUAAAGCUGCAGCUGCUUCCAGCUCGUCUCGUCAGUUUUUCAGUUUGUUGAGUCACAUCGACAGAAGACCAGAAACAUGAAGUGUUACCUGCUGCUGCUGCUGCUGCUGCCGCUCUGCUCAGGAGCUCAGAAGUUUCACAUCGAGUGUUACGGCCAGGACUUCCUGAUGGUCGACAACAUGCUGCUGCAGUGCAGCAGCAAAGUGCAGCAGGCCUGUUACACCAAAGAUAACGGAGAGAAAGGCUGCACUCGGCUGGAAUUCUGCUCCCGACCGGGAUGGUCCUGCUGCCACACCAGCCGCUGUAACGCCUGAGCCAAUCACAGCCCAGCAAACACUGACAUCAUCAAACCACAUGAAUCAAUAAAUG